GUUACAUCGGUAAACUAGCGGCCAUCCAAGAAAGAAAAUGAAAAGAAAGAGUCCAACUAAGAAAAGUUCUGAGGAUCCCAAUACGAUAAGGGAUGUAGUUGACAUGAUCAAUGACGUCCCUGUGGACUGGAAAGGAUUCAAGAUACCGAAAAAAUCGACCAAUCAAAAUCCAAACAUUACAAAGAACCAAAGAAUCGAGCCAGAUGACCGGGCGAACAUACGGGAAAAUUGUCUGGAGAACGAAGAAUGGAACAGACCCAAAAAUCAGACACAUCCGCAUCCAACAGAGAGGUUAAAGUCAGUCAAGCAACAUUCUUUCGAAAAGAAAAUACUUAAGAAAUCUCAUGAAAAGAAGGAAAGGAUCUGUAAUUCAGAACAGUUAGACUCAAAUUCAGAAGAGAAGGAAAGUAAGCAAAAAUCAUUGAGUAGAGGACAUAGAGAUGACUUUGAAAUAAGCAAGCAAGAUAAAGUCGAAAUACGUAGAAAAAUGUUCGAGGAGAAAUACUGGAAGACGCAGAUACAAAGGAGGUAUGGGGUGGACCAGAACCCCUAUCAUCACUUACUAACUCAUCAAGAACACAGUGCAGACCCUAGACUGCAAAAGUGUGCAUCAUCACCCCUACCCACCCCCAUACCCGCCCAGCCUUCGCCUUCACCAUCACCAAAGCACGACUCCCAGGAACCCAAGGGCACGGAUCAUACGAUGGGCAAGGCUCGAAGGGAGCUGUUUACCAAUGACACUGCGAAGCAGAGACGUGAGCGCGAGUAUGAGGAACGGUUACAGAGAGAAUUCGAGCGGAGUAGAGAGGAGAAGAAGGGCGGGCCCAACAAAGCACCGCGUGUGUGGUUCUAUGGAACAACUUAUUAGUUAUUGCUGUCGUUUGGUUUUUUCACCCACAAAUCAAUGGCCAUCUGCUUUUGCUUCAUAACACGUCUCUUUCAUGUUGAAUCAUGUAUACAUGAUUGGCAUGGUACAUGUAUUUUGAAUUCUUGUAAAUAAAAUUCUGAAAUUUGUGAGGGCUUUUUCGCGUGAUCGCGAAUUUGUAAGAUAUCCUUUGUAUGAUAAUUUAUGAUAAUAUCUUAAUUUUAUUUUAAUAACUGGAAAUGUUGAAUUGAUAAUUGAUAAUUUUUUCUAAAGAUAUGAACAACAUAUAAUCGAUUUUUUGCUGUCUUUCAUUCACACAUGUUAUACAUCUAACAGUUAAAAAAAUCUCACGACAACAACAAUAAUUAUUCAUUUCCUAAAUUAAAAUUAUUGGAGUAUUUGUUUGUAGUGGCUCCAUGUUUUGAAAAAUGAAAUACUGUACUCUUUUUGGUUUGAACCUAUUUUAUUUUAAUAUAAUUACGAUGGGAUUGGGCACAAAGUCUAAAACUUCUGUAGACCUCUUCCAAUACAAAAAUUGACAUA